AAAACCGGAAGUUUGCGGUCAUGGCGGCAAAUAAAGAAGCUAUAGCGAUUGUGCUGGACAUUGGUCCAUCUAUGAAUAAUGCACCCCCGGGUGAGGAGACACCAUUGCAGACAGCGGUUGAUGCCAUCAAGAUGAUACUGCAGAGGAAGAUGUUCUCAGAGUCCAAAGAUGAAGUCAGUCUGGUUUUGUUUGGCACACCAACAACUGAUAACCCUCUGGCUGAUGGUGAAAGCUACGAAAAUAUCAGCAUUGUACGACCCCUCGGAGUAGUUGACUUUGAUUUCCUUCAACAGGUCCAGAAUGACAUAACGCCUAGCAAUAUGUCUGCCGAUUUUAUAGAUGCGCUAGUGGUUGCCAUGGAUCAUCUGGUGAAUGCGACCCAAGGGAAAAAGGGUUUUGGAUCUAAGCGACUAAUACUGCUGUCAGACUUGGGAGGAGAAUUUGGUAAAGAUCAGAUUGAUACAAUUAUCGCUGGGAUCAAGAAUUCAGGAACAGAACUGAAUGUCAUAGGACCUGAUAUAGAUGAUGAUGAAGAUGAUGACAGUGAGAAACCUGGACCUAGUGGCGCGGCCAAUGGUCAUCAGAAAGCCAAGACUCGUCAGCAGCGGGAGGGGGAGGCCAUGCUGAGACGGAUCCUAGAGGAGGUGGAGGGGGAGUGCUACAACUUCAGUGAGGCACUGCCAGCUUUGAGCUACUUCCAAAUGAGACAAGUCCGGCCCACUCCAUGGAAAGUCCAGCUGGAGGUCACCUCUGAUGUCAAGAUACCUGUCUGUUCAUAUAUCAAGAUAAAGGACUUCAAAGUGAAGAGCUUUAAGAAGGUGUACGCCAAGGAUGAGGAUGCUGCAAUAGACACACUGAGAACAUACCACAAAAAUGACGAGGAAGAAACAGAGGUGGAGAAGGAGGACAUUGUGGAAGGUCACAGGUAUGGGACGACACUGGUUCCAAUGUCAGAGGAUGACAAACUUAACAUGAAGUACAAGGCAGAAAAGUGCCUCAAGACCCUUGGUUUUACUAAGGCAGAAAAUAUUAAAAGACAUCAUUUCAUGGGAGACAAUACACAUUAUGUAGUGGCUGACAAAGAUGAUGAGGCUGCUGUUGUGGCCCUUUCAGCCCUAAUUAAUGCAUUGUAUGAAACCAAUAUGGCUAUCAUCGUCAGAAAAGUGUAUAGUGCUGCCACGGCCCCUAAACUGGGGUGCCUGAUGCCCCAUAUAAAGUCAUCAUAUGAGUGCCUGAUUUAUGUAGAACUGCCUUUUAUGGAGGACAUCAGACAAUACACAUUUGGUUCACUGCCGCUGAAAGAGGAAACACAAGCAAACAAAAAGUACAAACCCACAGAUGCACAACUAGAUGCCAUAAAUGAGUUAAUUAAUGAAACAGAUCUCUCACAGGCUGCAGAAGAUGAAGAUGGAGAAAAAACAGAAGCAUUAAAACCCAAAUUGAUAUUUAAUCCUUAUUUUCAAAGACUUUAUCAGUGUUUACAACAUCGAGCUUUAGAACCACAUGAACCUCUUCCUGAGUUAUCUCCCUUGGUAGCGAAUUCCCUGAAGCCUCCACAGGAGAUCGUUACAAGAUGCGAGGCGCAGUGUGACAAGAUAAAAGAGUUGUUUAAAUUAGAAGUCGUUAAGAAGAAGGAGGACAAAACAGGAGAGAACAUGUUUAAACAAAAAGAAGACGAGGAGCCAUCUUCCAAAAAGAUUAAGUUAGAUGAUGAUCUGGGAGGUGGUUUGGCAGGCAUGACAAAGGCAGAUGUCACAGAGGUUGGCACAGUGACCCCCGUGGAUGAUUUUAUCACACUCAUUAACCAGAGAGAUGCUGAUAGAUUUGAGGAAGCCUCUAAACAGAUGCAGAAGCGUGUGGAGCAGCUAGUGACGGAUUCUUUCGGCCCCCAAUUUUAUGGAAAAGCAUCAGACUGUUUAAAAGCCCUGCGCGAGCAGUCUAUAAAGAAGUCGGAGCCCACUUUGUACAAUAAUUUUAUGAAAAAGUUCAAGGACUUCCUGAUAGAGAAAGGAAGACGAGAUUUCUGGGAAAUGAUUGUGGAUGAGAAGCAGGGGUUGAUCACGAAGGCUGAAAGUGAAGACAGUGGAGUCACUCUAGAGGAAGCGAAGGCCUUCACCACAGAGGAGGAGGAGAAGAAGAUGGAGUCACAGCCACCAGCUGAGGGCGAUGAUGCUGAAGAUUUAUUGGACCAGAUUUGAGAUGUACAGAUCUACAGUUUUAAGCAUAUUGGCAGCUUGUUGUGUUGUUUAUACAGGACUUUUAUAAAUUAAGGACUGAAAACAUAUGGCAGUUUACUUACAAUGUAUCUUUUAGAAAAAGGAAAAACGACAACCAGACAAUCUUUACUGUAGCUUAUCCACUUCUGGUUUUGAUCUUAUAAGCUGUUUAAUAUGGACUACGUACAUGUACAUAUAUUGGUUCUCUUUAGUUUAAGAGAAACCUUGUACAGGUUGUAACAGAUCUCUGUAGGACAUAGAGUGGACAACGGACUUACGGCAGUCACUUCCUUAUCAAACUUGUAAUAUGUAAACAAGGGUUGUGUCCCCUUCUACAUGUUAGUAUUGAAGCUGUAAAAAUAAAAAUAAUGAAAAGUAAAAAUAAAAAAAAAAUACAGGCCUACUAAAUUU